ACACAGGAUGAAAUUUUAUACUAAUAAAAACAAGAUUGAAAGAGAGUUUUAGGUGGGGAUAUCAUGUAUUUGAAACUACAGUCUGACCGAUUUAAAGCUUUCAUCGUAUUAUGGUCCUAAUCCUGUAGUUGUAAGGAUUGGCAAAGUAGCUUAUAAGUUGCAGUUAUCAGAAUUUUCAAAGUUGCAUCAUGUUUUUAAAGGUCGGCACUAAGGAUGUCCCUAGUAUAACCCUUCUUAAAUGGGCGAGGAUGGUCAACUAUUAGCAUAUCCAGUUGUUGUGCUUGAUAAGCAAAUGGUGAAAAGUCAAUCUGGUGGAAUGGUCUAAUCUGAGUCCAAAGAAUGUUAAGAUUUCUCGGUUCUUAAAUCUCAAUUUUCAUCCUCAGGGAACAAGGAUGUUCGCAAGAGGAAGAUAAUGUGAUAAAGUUAGAAGUUGACAAAGAUGAUAGAGCCCAUAAUAACAACAACAUGGGUUGAAAAGGAAUUUUAUCCUUUAAUGAACAAGGAUGUUCUCAAGAUGAAGGUAAUGUGAUAAAGUUAGAAGUUCACAAAGAUGAUGAACAACAACAUGGGGUUGAAAAAGAAUUUUAAUAAUAGGAAACUGACUAUUGAUGAUGAGAAGUUAAGAAUGGUGUCAUUUGGUGUAGGCUCUCAAGGCCAUUAUUGUAAGAAUGUAUGCAAGAAUAGUAGUUACUAAAAUAACAACUAUCAAAAUUAUAUUGUGGAUCGUAAUUCAUAAAUUAUGAGUAUAACUGUCAUGUAUAUACACAUUUUCAUCAGGAAUGAAAAACCACAAUUUCUUUGCUCCCAUAUAAUUUCUUUCCUCUGGUAUCUCUCUUUUUUGGUUGUAACUUUCUCUUCUUUUGAUCUAUUUUUUCUUCACUUCUUCAUAUUAAUCUCUGCUUAAUUCAAUAGCAUCAUUCAUUACAAACUAUUUUCAUGAUUUUUCCUUCAUUUUCUGAGAAAAGAAACCAGGAGAAAAUGUUUUCUAUGAAACCAAUAGAACCCAAAAAAAUUAAGAGGGGGUUAAUGAGAACUUACACGUAAAGUUUAAAAUUUGAAAAAGGCUGGUGUUGGUCUUUGAAGGAAGACCCUAAACUUAUAUUCUACCAUCGAUUAGGGUUCGGAGCAGCGCUUGGUUCUUCUUUAUUGCUGUUAUUUGCCUUUUUUGAAAUACUAUAAGAAACUUUUUUGGAGAGACGAGAGGGAAAGAAUUGGGUCAAAGAGGAUAGUUUGGUCUUUUUGACAUUAACCCGCGCGGGCAAGAUUACACUUUUUAUGAAGUCUCCAUAGCUUUCCCUCAAAAACUUCUCCUGUGUCUCUCUAAUGGCUGCAUUUCGUCUCAGUUUGUAGCAUUAAGGGACAUGACACAUGCCUUCUCUGCCUUCUCUUUUACAGUGUCUAAGACUUUGUAAAAAUUUUGGAGCUUCGGCAGUGAGGGGGUCGUUGAAUUUGGGAUUGAAUCUCUCCCGUGAGUGUUUGGUUAGGUCAAUUAGAAUGGAAAAUGGUAAUUGUACCCUGAAGGGUGCAAACAAUGAAUCUAGAGGUGCGUUGGUUGUCUUUGAAGGAUUGGACCGUAGUGGGAAAACUUCACAAUGUGGGAGGCUGCUUUCAUAUUUGGAGGGAUUGGGGCAUUCAGUUGAAUUAUGGAGAUUCCCAGACAGAUCUACCAGUGUUGGGCAGAUGAUAUCUGCAUAUCUUACUAAUAAAUCGCAGUUGGAUGACCAUACGAUCCAUCUCCUUUUCAGUGCAAAUCGGUGGGACAAGAGAUCAUUGAUGGAAACCAAACUGAAAGCUGGAACUACCCUUAUAGUAGACCGGUACUCUUAUUCUGGGGUUGCUUUCUCAUCUGCUAAAGGACUUGAUUUUGAAUGGUGUAAGGCACCAGAGAUUGGGCUAAUAGCUCCGGAUCUGGUAGUGUACCUUGAUAUACCGGCAGAGAAAGCUGCAGAAAGAGGAGGCUAUGGAGGUGAGAGAUAUGAGCAGCUUGAGUUUCAGAGGAAAGUUGCCCAACACUAUAAGCUCCUUGAAGAUUCUUCCUGGGAGAUUGUAGAUGCUUGCCAAACCUUGGAAGUUGUGGAAAAACAGGUGAAGGAGAUCGUAUUAGAACAUGUCACAACAUGCCAAAAAGGGAAAGCUCUUUCAUCCCUCUGGUCAUGCUAGUUUAUCUGUUUUCUCUUUUCUUUCAUUGAUGAGAUGCAACACUUGCCUCUGGCAAGCUUGGCAGGGAGUUUUGAUGCAUAAAAUAUUCAGUGGUUCUUGUUUCAAAUUAUUGGUAGUGUUCAACUCAAUAUCUUCUCCCAAACUAGAAAUGGUAUCCUUGAAGUUCACAAUAUUGCUAUGGAUUGGAGAUUAUUGACGUGUGGAACGAUUAUCGAAGCUUGAACCUUGUACAUUUGCUUCAAAAAUCUAUUUAUAUUUUUCUAUAUCAAUAUAUGGAGUAUGCUGCA